CCUUGCGGCAGAUAGUCGACUCAACACGGUCGCACCACCGCUGUCGACCGGCCGCGUCGCUUUUUCGAAAUUAUUUACGAUAAAUAACCGAUAUUAUUGCAUUUUCCGAUUGCUACUUGUGUAUUGUGAAUAUUGUGGGUAAUCUUGUGAAGAAUAAUGUCAUUUUAAUUAUUUUGAGACUGUGUAAUUAAGAAAAAACUUCCCAAAUGAAGAUGACUGUAAAUCGAAUAAGAGUGGUGGUGCUCGGCAGCCCUCGAAGUGGAAAGUCAGCGGUGGUUGUGCGUUACCUCACGAAGCGGUAUAUUGGUGAAUAUAGUUCAACCGGCGAUUUUCUUUAUCAACAUCGAGUUGCAUUCGAUGGAGCGGUUUCUGAAGUUGAAAUACUUGACACAUCAAAUUGUGCUAUCCGUGGUUGCCUUGGAGACCACGUGCGCUGGGGUGACGCCUUCGCUGUAGUUUACUCGGUUUGCGAACGGCGGUCAUUCCUGGCUGCUGCUGAACUAUUAUCCCUGCUGGAAAGGACAAGACUGCCGGGCUGUGCCGCUAUCACCCUCUUGGGCAACAAGCGUGACCUCGAGCACGCCAGGGAGGUCCACGCGGAAGAGGGUCAGGAGCUGUCGCUCCGUUUCGGGUGUCAGUUCUACGAGGUAUCGGCAGCUGAGUCUUGCGCGGGUGCUGCGCUUGCUUUCCACGCACUGCUGCGGGAGGCACGCUCUCUUGCCCUAUUAUUACCCGCUCCUAGACGAAAACUCGCCGCAUAUUCUGUUUCAAAGGUAAUUGGGACGAUUUUUGGCAAAAACAGCAAGAGCGUUCGAAAAAAACGACCAUCUCUCAGUAUUUAAGUAAUUUAUUUUUAUUUAUAAGCCCAUAGACUGUUUUAGGCUAAGUGAAAUUAAAUAAUAGGUUCUUAUGUGAAAUUGUGAUACUUGCAUAAAGAUAGUGCCUAUGUAUUAUUAAUUAUAUUAUAUGUCAUGCGAGUUCAAAACUUACAUAAAUUGGCUAAUAAUUUACACGUUUUUUGAAUAGAGAAUAUAUUCAUAGCUAAAUUCUUUAUUAGUAUAGUUGUAAAUAAUUAUGUACAUAAACAUCGAAACCUCGCACGGCGACUACAGAAUUGUACAUAACGAGAGUUAAUGUUCUCUAAGAUUUACAAUUAAGUACAUAAUAAAUUUUUAUGAUUAUA